AUGGCACAGCUGCUUGUACCGCCCGGACCUGACAGCUUCUGCCCCUUCGGCCCCGAGUCGCUGGCCGCCAUCGAGAGGCGCAUCGCCGAGGAGGAGGCCCGGAGACCGCGGGCGGAGCGCCGCGUCGACAGCGACGACGAAAAUGGGCCCCGGCCCAACAGCGACCUGGAGGCGGGGAAGUCCCUCCCCUUCAUCUACGGGGACACCCCUCCCAGCCUGGUGUCCACCCCUCUGGAGGACCUGGACACCUUCUACAGCAAUCAGAAGACCUUCAUAGUAUUGAAUCGCGGGAAGACAAUCUUCCGUUUCAACGCCACUCCUGCCUUGUACAUCCUAAGCCCCUUCAACCCUCUAAGGAGGGUAGCUAUUAGAGUUUUAGUACACUCGAUGUUCAGCAUGUUGAUCAUGUUCACCAUCCUGACCAACUGUGCUUUCAUGACCCUCAGUAACCCCCCGGAGUGGGCCAAGAAUGUAGAGUACACAUUCACAGGGAUUUACACCUUCGAGUCCCUCAUAAAGAUCCUGGCCAGGGGCUUCUGCGUGGGCAAGUUCACCUUCCUGCGGGACCCGUGGAACUGGCUGGAUUUCAGCGUUAUCCUCAUGGCGUAUGUAACAGAGUUUGUACACCUAGGCAAUGUUUCAGCUCUGCGCACGUUCAGAGUAUUGCGAGCUUUGAAAACUAUCUCAGUGAUACCAGGCUUGAAGACCAUCGUCGGCGCGCUGAUCCAGUCGGUGAAGAAGCUGUCGGACGUCAUGAUCCUCACCGUCUUCUGCCUCAGCGUCUUCGCCCUCAUCGGCCUGCAGCUCUUCAUGGGCAACCUGAGGCAGAAGUGCGUGCGCAUGCCGUUUGCCGUCAACGCCACCAACGGCAGCAGCAACGCCACCGCCGACGACGCCGCGCUCUUCAACGGCACCCUGCUGGACCUCAGCGGCGCGUUCGAGCAGAACGACACGGAGAGCCCCUUCAACUGGACGGAGUACAUCAACGACGACAGGAAUUACUAUUUCCUCCCGGGCCGUCGGGACGCUCUGCUCUGUGGGAACGGCAGCGGCGCUGGGCUCUGUCCAGAGGGCUUCUCGUGUAUCAAAGCCGGCCGCAAUCCAGACUACGACUACACCAGCUUCGACUCGUUCAGCUGGGCGUUCCUCUCCCUGUUCCGACUCAUGACCCAGGACUUCUGGGAAAACCUCUACCAGCAGACUUUGCGCGCGGCAGGGAAGCCCUACAUGCUCUUCUUCGUGCUGGUGAUCUUCCUGGGCUCCUUCUACCUGGUCAACCUGAUCCUGGCCGUGGUGGCCAUGGCUUACGACGAACAGAACCAGGCGACCAUCGAGGAGGCUCUGCAGAAGGAGGAGGAGUUCCAGGCCAUGCUGGAGCAGCUGAAGAGACAGCAGGAGGAGGCGCAGGUUGCCGCGGCAGCAGCCACGGAGAGCGGGGAGUACAGCGGGAGAGGGGGCCCCACCUCUGAGUCGUCCUCGGGGACGUCGAAGCUCAGCUCCAAAAGUGCCAAGGAGCGACGCAACAGGCGGAAGAAGAGGAGGCAGAGGGAGGAGGAGGAGGAGAGGGGGGGCCGCGACAAGUUCCACAAGUCUGAGUCCGAAGACAGCAUCAAGAGGACCAGCUUCCGCUUCUCCAUCGAUGCCAACAGGCUCUCUUAUGAGAAGAGAUGCUCCUCGCCCAACCAGUCUCUGCUCAGUAUCCGCGGAUCCCUCUUCUCACCCCGGAGGAACAGCCGCGCCAGCCUGUUCAGCUUCCACGGCCGGGCGCGCGACAUGGGCUCCGAGAACGACUUUGCCGACGACGAGCACAGCACCUUCGAGGAGAACGACAGCCGCCGGGGCUCCCUGUUCCUGCCGCGCCGCCUCGAGCGCCGCUGCAGCGCCGUCAGCCAGAUCAGCCUCGGGGCGCCGCGGAUCGUGCUGCCUGCCAACGGCAAGAUGCACUGCGCCGUGGACUGCAAUGGCGUGGUGUCUCUGGUCGGUGGGACUUCUGUAACAACCUCCCCUGUAGGUCUCCUGCUGCCUGAGGGUACAACUACAGAUACUGAGUUCAAGAAGCGGCGGCCAGGCUUUCGCAAGCCAUCCAUGGAUUAUCUAGAUGAACCGGUGGGGCGGCAGAGAGCCAUGAGCGUGGCCAGUAUCCUCACCAACACCAUGGAAGAGCUGGAAGAGUCGAGACAGAAAUGCCCCCCUUGCUGGUACAGGUUCGCCAACACCUCCCUGAUCUGGGACUGCUGCCCCGCGUGGCUGAAAAUCAAGGACAUCGUCAGCACGGUGGUCAUGGACCCGUUUGUGGAUCUGGCCAUCACAAUAUGCAUCGUUCUCAACACCCUGUUCAUGGCCAUGGAGCACUACCCCAUGACUAAGGAAUUCAACAGCAUACUCUCAGUUGGAAACCUGGUGUUCACCGGCAUCUUCACGGCCGAGAUGUGCUUCAAGAUCAUCGCCAUGGAUCCCUACUACUACUUCCAGGAGGGCUGGAACAUCUUCGACGGCAUCAUUGUCAGCCUGAGCCUGAUGGAGCUCGGCUUGGCCAACGUGGAGGGCCUGUCUGUGCUCCGGUCCUUCAGAUUGCUGAGGGUCUUCAAGCUAGCCAAGUCAUGGCCCACUCUGAACAUGCUGAUCAAGAUCAUCGGGAACUCUGUGGGGGCUUUGGGGAACUUGACCCUGGUGCUGGCCAUCAUCGUCUUCAUCUUCGCCGUGGUCGGCAUGCAGCUGUUUGGAAAGAGCUACAAGGAGUGCGUGUGCAAGAUUUCCGACGAUUGCAAGCUGCCGCGCUGGCACAUGCACGACUUCUUCCACUCCUUCCUCAUCGUGUUCCGGGUGCUGUGCGGGGAGUGGAUCGAGACCAUGUGGGACUGCAUGGAGGUGGCUGGGCAGUCCAUGUGCCUCAUAGUCUUCAUGAUGGUCAUGGUCAUUGGAAACCUGGUGGUCUUGAACCUGUUCCUGGCUCUCCUCCUGAGCUCAUUCAGCGCUGACAACCUGGCAGCGACCGACGACGACAGCGAGAUGAACAACCUGCAGAUCGCUGUGGGCCGGAUCCAGCGGGGCAUCGCGUUCGUCAAAUCCACAGUCCGGCAGUUCCUCCAGAGCCUCUGCUUUGGCGGCGGCGGCGGCAAAAAGGGCUCCGGUCUGGCGGAGGAGAUUAAACCGCUGGACGAACUGCACAGCAACGGCAAGGGCAACUGCAUCUCCAACCACACGUCGAUGGAGAUCACCAAAGACCCCAGUGUGGUGUACAUGACAGAGGGCAACGGACGGCCAGGAGGGGGGCUGGUGGUAGGGGUCGGGGUCGGGGUUGGCGGGGACACCGCGGGGAAGUACCCGGUGGAUGAGUGCGACUACAUGUCAUUUAUUCACAACCCCAGCCUGACAGUCACCGUGCCCAUCGCGGUGGGAGAGUCGGACUUCGAGAACCUGAACACGGAAGAUUUCAGCAGCGACUCGUCGGACGUGGAGGGCAGCAAAGAGAAGCUCGAUAUAGAGCCCUUCCCGCGUCUGAUGAGCUCGUCGGAGGGGAGCACGGUGGAUAUCCGCCCCCUGGGAGACGGGGUGGAUUCGGUGGAGAUGGAGCCGGAGGAGUCGCUGGAACCAGAGGCCUGCUUCACAGAGGGCUGCGUGAGCAGGUUCCAGUGCUGCCAGAUCAAUGAGGACGAGGAGCAUUUUAAGAGCUGGUGGACACUCAGGAAAACCUGCUUUAUCAUAGUGGAGCACAACUGGUUUGAAUCCUUCAUCAUAUUCAUGAUCCUGCUGAGCAGUGGAGCACUGGCGUUCGAGGACGUUUACAUCGAGCAGCGGAGGACCAUCAAAACCGUGCUGGAGUACGCAGACAAGGUCUUCACUUACAUCUUCAUCCUGGAGAUGCUGUUGAAGUGGGUGGCAUACGGCUUUGUCAAGUAUUUCACCAACGCCUGGUGCUGGCUGGACUUCCUCAUUGUAGACGUGUCCCUGGUCAGCCUUGUAGCCAAUGCUAUGGGCUACUCCGAGCUAACCACCAUCAAAUCUCUGAGGACACUGCGAGCCCUCCGGCCCCUGAGGGCCCUGUCUCGGUUUGAGGGCAUGAGGGUUGUGGUGAACGCGCUGCUGGGGGCCAUCCCCUCCAUCAUGAACGUGCUGUUGGUGUGCCUCAUCUUCUGGCUCAUCUUCAGCAUCAUGGGCGUCAACCUGUUCGCGGGGAAGUACUACUACUGCGUCAACACCACCACGGACGUCAACUUCCCCAUCGACGUUGUCAACAACAAGAGCGAGUGCCUGAACUUGGUCAACGACAGCGCCCGCUGGAAGAACGUCAAGAUCAACUUCGACAACGUCGGGGCCGGCUACCUGGCUCUGCUGCAAGUGGCUACAUUUAAGGGCUGGAUGGACAUCAUGUACGCAGCGGUGGACUCUCGAGACGUGGAGGACCAGCCUGAAUACGAAGUGAACUUGUACAUGUACCUCUACUUUGUCAUCUUCAUCAUCUUCGGCUCCUUCUUCACCCUCAACCUGUUCAUCGGCGUCAUCAUCGACAACUUCAACCAGCAGAAGAAGAAGUUUGGAGGUCAGGACAUCUUCAUGACAGAAGAGCAGAAGAAAUACUACAACGCCAUGAAGAAGCUGGGCUCCAAGAAACCACAAAAACCAAUACCUCGGCCAACAAAUGCGUUCCAAGGCUGCGUGUUCGACUGCAUCACCAAGCAGGCCUUCGACAUCGUGAUCAUGAUCCUCAUCUGCCUUAACAUGGUGACCAUGAUGGUGGAGACGGACGACCAGACGCUGGACAUGGACAAAAUCCUCUACAGGAUCAACCUGGUCUUCAUCGUGCUCUUCACCGGGGAGUGCGUGCUCAAGAUGAUCUCUCUGCGUCACUAUUACUUCACCAUCGGUUGGAAUGUAUUCGACUUCGUGGUGGUGAUCCUGUCCAUCGUAGGUAUGUUUUUGUCCGAACUGAUCGAGAAGUACUUUGUGUCCCCGACGCUAUUCCGAGUGAUCCGUCUGGCCCGGAUAGGCCGCAUCCUCCGCCUCAUCAAAGGUGCCAAGGGCAUCCGGACGCUCCUCUUUGCCUUGAUGAUGUCGCUCCCCGCUCUGUUCAACAUCGGCCUCCUCCUCUUCCUCGUCAUGUUCAUCUACGCCAUCUUCGGCAUGUCCAACUUCGCCUACGUCAAGCACGAGGCGGGGAUCGACGACAUGUUCAACUUCGAGACGUUCGGGAACAGCAUGAUCUGCCUGUUCCAGAUCACCACGUCGGGCGGGUGGGACGGCCUGCUGGCGCCUAUUCUGAACAAGAGGGAUCCCGACUGCGACAGCCAGAUGGAGCACCCGGGCAACUCCUACAGGGGCAACUGCGGCAACCCGUCGGUGGCCAUCUUCUUCUUCGUCAGCUACAUCAUCAUCUGCUUCCUCAUCGUGGUCAACAUGUACAUCGCCGUCAUCCUGGAGAACUUCAGCGUGGCCACGGAGGAGAGCGCCGAGCCGCUGAGCGAGGACGACUUCGAGAUGUUCUACGAGGUGUGGGAGCGCUUCGACCCCGACGCCACGCAGUUCAUGGAGUACAUCAAGCUCUCCGACUUUGCAGACGCCCUGGAUCCGCCGCUGCGCAUACCCAAGCCCAACAUGCUCCAUCUCAUCUCCAUGGACCUGCCGAUGGUGAGCGGCGAGCGCAUCCACUGCCUCGACAUCCUGUUCGCCUUCACCAAGCGGGUGCUGGGCGAGAGCGGCGAAAUGGACGUGCUGCGCGGGCAGAUGGAGGAGCGCUUUAUGGCCUCCAACCCCUCUAAGGUGUCCUACGAACCCAUCACCACCACGCUGCGCCGCAAGCAGGAGGACAUGGCGGCCGUGAUCAUCCAGAGAGCCUUCCGCCGCUACAUGAUCCUCCUGGCCAUGAAGAAGGCCUCCACCCUCUACAAGGAGCGGCUGAAGGAGGGCGUCCGCGACCCCGACAAGGACGUGAUGGUCAUCGGCAAGUUCUCCGAGAACUCCACCUCGGACAAAACGGACAUGACGCCCUCCACGGCCUCGCCGCCGUCCUACAACAGCGUGACGAAGACGGACAAGGACAAAUACGAGAAAGAGAACACGGACAAAGAAAACAAAGGGAAAGACAAAAAGAAAGACUUUUUAACAAAUCCGAACAAAUAAAAUAAUAAUGCAUCAGAGACGCGAGGGCAAUUUGUUUACAGCUUUCUAAAGGGGGUGGAUAGAGACACACUUGUUCAGAGAUGAGGAGCGCUAUGCCAGGUGGGCCUGAAAUGGGAGCGUGCUUAUGUCACAUGUGAAUACGUGGGGGUCUUCUCAGAGACAAAAAGCAGACACUGCCAGAGAUGGACUGGACCACGGGGAAGCCUCUCUGCACAAAACGCUUGUGAUUUUCCUAUUGGUUGUUGUUACUAUCUGACACACUUGAGUGUACUGUUAAGUUGUCUGUAGCUAGUGCUGCUGCUACUACUAUAAAUCCAGUGUCUUGAAUUUAACAAUCGCUGUAUCACAAAACUCUUUUUUUUUUCUGGUGACGAGGUUUCUUUUUUCUUUUUUUACGAGAAAGAAUAUUUUAUACUUUUCUUUGUGUUGUUAUUGUGAGAAUGCAUCCACUGCUUUCACUGUUGUAGAAUCAGGGCAGACGGAGUGCAGCGGUCUACCGAGCUGAGCUGCAACGGACAAAUGCGUCGCAUUCAGUGCCACCACUGAUUGUUGGAAUCUGUAUUGUUUCAACGGAGAACACAAGUCUCUGAUCACAGAGAAGCUGAAUGUAUGCAAGGGAUGAGACAUUUCAAGAAAUAGUUUGACAUUUUGGGGAAUAUCCUGCUUUUAAAGAAUUUAAAAAACAUUUUUUUUUCGCCUUUUUAAAGACAUUUUAAGUACGAAUUCAUUUAUUUUUUAAUUUUUUAAUUGAAGUUAUUGGCUUUUUGUCAUGCCUGAAAAGCCCCGCGGGCGCCUAGUGACACAGCUUGUGAGGUGCGUUACCAUUCGUAACUUUGCGCUUUACGCUAAAUACGUGAUGACAUCACUUUUGGCUUGCGCACUACUGCGACCGUAAACUCUGCUUCGGCUCAUUAAAUGUCUUUUCAAAAUAAACCUCUGCGUUCACAGGAAAUGCACAGUUGCCGCUGACCCUUGCAGUUAGCCAACGCACGGACACGAAAGCAGAGAAGCCUCUUUUCCCUGAAAUGUCCAAAAUAUUCCUUUAAAUGUGACGCUCAUAUCUACCCGUCCAUCCGUAUCGCAGCGUCUCCUCCAACGCAUUACCCCCCCCCCCCAUAUUGUGAAGAAAGUAUAAAUAUAAAGAAUCUUUCUAACUGCCCUCAAGCUACAACAUCACGAUAUAUAUAUAUAUAUCCCAUAUACGGUAUCGCAAACGUUUGUACGACGUUCAUGUUUCAAUUGAGGAGCGAGUGGUUUUAAUGUAGUGGUUUGUACAUAAUCUAGCUGUUUGGGCCCACAGUAUGCAUCACACUUACAUUUGAUGUAAGAGCACUUUUUACCCCCCCCCUGCUAUGUAACACCUCGUGUGGUCAUACAUGUAAGUGUGUGUGAGAUGUACGUCUAUGUGUGAGGGAGAAUGUAAGCGUCCAUCUCUUUAUGUUUGUGUGCAACUGAGGGUCUGCGGGUUGCUUAUGCUCCACCGAUUAUAAAUAACAUUUAUAUUGUAGAUAUAAGUGCAUUUUUCCAGUCUUCGGAUUUAAUUUAUUUUCUGCACUGUAACACAUGACGAUGUAUGGUCCCCCAUAUCUGUAGAAACCAUGAAGCAAUCAGUAGCCAUCUCUCAUUGCGCUUGUAGUGUUUUAGUGAACUGCAUGCAAGAAGUGACUACUGUCCCGCUCAUAUGGUCCUGUCAAUUCAAAAGCCAAAAGAAUAAAGGACAUAUUUUUUGUAA